CGGCCUGACCCGGAGUGCCGCGGCCUCGCUACGGCCCGGUCCGGUCCGGAGCCUCCCGAGGGAGCGGCUCCGCCUGCCGAGAGCGCAGGCCUGGCCAUGACCGACUUUAAAUUGGGCAUCGUGCGGCUCGGCCGGGUGGCCGGGAAGACCAAAUACACACUGAUCGAUGAGCAGGACAUCCCACUGGUGGAGAGCUACUCCUUUGAGGCUCGAAUGGAAGUAGAUGCUGAUGGAAAUGGUGCUAAGAUAUUUGCAUAUGCCUUUGACAAAAACCGAGGAAGGGGCUCUGGCAGGCUUCUGCAUGAGCUGCUGUGGGAACGCCACAGGGGAGGUGUGGCUCCCGGGUUUCAGGUGGUACAUCUCAAUGCUGUGACUGUGGACAAUCGCCUGGACAACCUGCAGCUGGUACCAUGGGGCUGGCGACCCAAAGCUGAAGAGACCUCCAGCAAACAAAGGGAGCAAAGCUUAUACUGGCUUGCAAUCCAGCAGCUUCCCACAGACCCUAUAGAAGAACAAUUCCCUGUCUUGAAUGUGACCCGGUACUAUAAUGCCAAUGGGGAUGUGGUGGAAGAAGAAGAAAAUUCCUGUACCUACUAUGAGUGUCAUUAUCCUCCUUGUACGGUGAUUGAAAAGCAGCUUCGAGAGUUCAACAUCUGUGGGCGUUGCCAGGUGGCUCGAUACUGUGGCUCUCAGUGCCAGCAGAAGGACUGGCCUGCCCACAAGAAGCACUGUCGGGAGAGGAAGCGUCCCUUCCAGCAUGAGCUUGAGCCAGAGCGAUGACGGGCUGAAGAGCUGCCACUGCUGCAGGUUCAAAGUUUCCAGCUCCUCAUGAGCACAGCGGAAGACAGACUGUCAGUUGAACCUGGAGGUGCCAAAGAAGCCAGCAAUGGAUCCAGAGCAGCUGCCAUGUGACCUCACAGCAACAAGCAGCCUGUGGGGACAGUGCCCCUCCAGUUUUCACCUCCAGCAGAGACAACAGGGAGGCUCCCUAGGACCUUUCUCAUUAUUUAUAUGUUAAUAUGUUUGUAAACUCAUGUACAGUUUUUUUGGGGGGGAGGCAAGGGGAGGGUUAGCAACUUCAAAUAGAAUCAUUUGUUGUAUUCCUCAAAUGGUAAACAGUCACCACUCAGCUAGAGACUGUCGUGUAGUCGAGCUUCUCUCCUGGACACUGGGGGGUGGGGGGCCCACUGAGAGGCUUGCACAGAGUCAUGUCUAAACAGGCAGAGUAAGGGGGUGGAAUCAUCCUCGUGGCCAGUCUCUGCUCCUCAAACCACUGUUCAGCCUAUUUCUGUUUUCUUUUUGAGACAGGGUCUCUCCUGGAACUUCAUAUGUAAACCAGGCUGGCCUUGAACUCACAGAUCCACCUGCCUCUGCCUCCUGACAUGCCUGGUUCAACAAUUUUUGAAAGGAACUAAUUAUAAUGAAACUGGUUUUAAUGAAUGGACUGGAAAGACCUGCCAUUAUUCCAGGCUGGCCUGUGAGGAGCAGAGAGUGUUAGCAAGGCGUGCAAAGGAGGCUCUGUUCUCUCUGGUAGCAGGUGUUCUGGAGUGUUCCAGUAGGUUGGCUACUUGUCUUAGUUUCUACUGCUGUGAUAAAACAUGAGCAAAAGCAACCUGGGAAGGAGGGAUCAUUUCAGCUUACUGUUUCACACCGCAGUCCUCGGAAGGAAGUCAGGACUAGAGCUGAUGCAGAGCCCAUGCAGGACUGCUUACUGUUUGCUCUUCAUAUCUUGCUCAGCCUAACUUCUUGUAGUGCCCAGGAUUGCCAGCCCAGGGGUGGCAUUGCCCAAAGUGAGCUAGGCUCUCCCAAAUCAAUACUUAAGAAAAAUCAAGACAGAGUAGUGGGGCCAUUUUCAUAAUUGUCCUCUCAAAAUGACUUGUUUGUAUUAAGUUCACAUAAAACUAGCCAGCAAAGUACUAUAUACCCCUAUGUUGGUAAAUUUCAAGCACACAUUCAAGCACAGAGACCCUUGGAGCCAGUAGUAAGCUGCUACCCCUGUCCCAAUUGUGUGUUGAAAUAGAUCGUGUGAUAGACAGCCAAAAUGAGGCUUCAUUCACUGCUGAGCUGUGGUCCUCAGGAUAACUUCUUUGGGGGAUUCACAUGUCUGAGGGCUGUUUGGCAUUUGGCAUCUUGAUUACUGCAGAAGUGAAUUCACCAUGGCUGGAAUCUUACCUAUCUCAGGGUAUGGCCUCUCUUGUUCAAGCUUUCUACCUGACUGCUGACCUAGGCAGCUCUCUGGUCUGGUUGGUCUGCAGGUGCCUGUUAAACCUUUCCCUAUUGCAGCAUAUCUAUCACAGUCUUGAUUUUCUGUGAGUUAAACGCUGUCUGGCUCAGCACAGCCCUUUGGUAGCCUUAGACUUGUAAGUUCAGCUUCUAUGGCUGUUUUUGCAUUUAUGCUACACAGUGGCUUAGAAGGGAAGAUGGCUGAAACUCAAGAUGGCACCAUGCCUUGAGUGUUUAAGCUUGGAGAGUUGCUAUGAUAGACCUGUAUCAAGAAACUUCCUCCUUUCUGUUCUGAAGGUUAUGGCUUUUUAGUUGGGAUCCCUACUCAGACCCCAUGUUGAACAUCAAUCUGAUAUUAUUGGGAAGGGGAGAGAUAUGUAUAUAUUGUAAAGUAUUGCUAUAGGCAGCAGCUGACUCAUGUCAUGCCUUCAAUGUCUCCACUUGGAUAAACUACUUUUAAGAGGCCAGAACUGUUGUUGUAAAGGGUCAAGUUUCUUGGGAUGAACCAUUUAGACUACAAACUUUUGAUGUUUGCUUGUAUCUGAAUGACCAGUGUAGCACUUGAUCCUGUCGUCCCCUCACCAGCAGAGGGCACUUUACUGCUAGCUUUGCAUCAGAAGAUUCCACCUAGAGACCACACAGGGUUUGGACAGCUGACCUCAAGGCACUGCUGGUAUAGGUUAUGGUAUACAUUGGGCUUGCCUGUGGGUUUUCCCAUCAAAUCUACACAUGCUAGCACAGCUUCCGAUGUGUAAUGAGAUGGGGGUCUAAAAGGGCAAUUUGUUGAUGUUUACUCACCAUAUCUGUUGCCAUCCCAUUCUCCCUUCUGAUUAUCCCUGCCUCUUGUUCUUUGUAGCUGUUCUAUGAAUGUUCUGGUGGUUCAACGAUGGGACCCUUAGUCUUAAAAUAGUAUGUUGGGCUACUUGGCCUUGGAACAAUCUAGUGCUGGAGGGAUUGGGGUCUUUUCAGAAUUCCUUAGGUGCCACUCUGCUUCAGCUGCUAACUGGCCUGCAAGCUAGGCCAUAUAGCCAUAUUCCUGCUUCAGUUCCAGGGCUGGAUACCCAGGUGUCCCAUGAAGUUGCUUCCUGGAGCUGCUGUAACGAAGUGCCAAA